GCUCAUUCAGCUCGAGGAACCGUCUUUUAGUUUUUACAUCUCGGAUAAACUCUGCUACGUUAGAUCGGACGACAUCUGGAUCUUCAAGAAUUUUCCUGUUUCCGUUAGCACGGAAGCCGUGAUGUCCAGCGCCGCCAAGCUGUCGUCGCGUCUUCUGCAGAGGAGCUUCAGAGAUGGCGCUUAAGGGACGGCGAGAUUGAAGGUUCAGCGACAGCGAAAUGGAGACUUCGUGACGGCGUGAUUGGAGUUUAGAUAGCGGCGACGUCGCCGGAGCUCGUAGCUACGGCGGGAACCUCCUCAAAGACGGCGACAAGCAACCUGACGACGUCGACAAGCAACCUGACGGCGGCGACAAGCAACCUGACGACGUCCACAAGCAACCUGACGACGGCGACAAGCAACCUGACGACGGCGACAAGCAACCUGACGACGCCGACAAUCAACCAGACGGCGCCGACAAGUAACCUGACGACGUCGACAAGCAACCUGACGACGGCGACAAUCAACCUGACGAUGGCGACACGCAACCUGACGACAUCGACAAGCAACCUGACGGCAGUGACAAGCAACCUGACAACGGCGACAAGCAACCAGACGGCGGCGACAAGCAACCUGACGGCGUCGACAAGCAACCUGGCGACGAGCAACCUGAAGACGGUGACAAUGAAAUCGAAGCUCCAGCGACGGCGAUAUCUGACCUUUCGCCGAUGGGGACACGAGGAUCCAGGGUUGCGAUAUCGGAGCUUCGACGUCGAAAUCAGAGCUCCGGGGACGGUGAAAGCGGAAAUCGGAGCUCCUGGUGCUGGCAGUGAUGCCGUUGCUGCGGCUAACCCUGCUGCCGAUCCUGCUGCCGACAGUGCUGCCGAUUUUUCUGCUGACGGUACAGCAGAACCUGCUGCCGACCCUACUGCUGACGGUGUUGCCGAGCCUGCAACUGGCGGUGCUGGCGAACCUGCUGCUGACGACGUUGCUGCUGAUCCUGCUGUCGAUGAUGCUGGCGUUUCUACUGCUGAUGGUGGUGCCGCCGCUGCUGGAAACGUUGCUGCCGAACCUGCUACUGGUGGUGCUGCCAAUUCUGCUGCUGAUGGUGCUGCCGAACCUGCUGCCGACGUUGCUGCCGAGCCUGCUGCUGACGGUGCUGCCAAUUCUGCUGCCGACUGUGCUGCCAAUGGUGCUGCCGACCCUGCAGCUGAACCUGCUGCCGAACCUGCUGCCGAACCUGCUGCCGAACCUGCUGCCGAAUCUGCUGCCGAGCCUGCUGCUGAUGGUGCUGCCGAACCUGCUACUGGCGGUGCUGCCGACCUGCUGCCGAACCUGCUGGUGGUGGUGUUGCCGAACCUGCUGGCGAUGGUGCUGCCGAACCUGCUGCCGGCGGUGCUGACGAACCUGUCGCUGACAGCGCUGCCCAUCCUGCUGCCGAUGGUGCGGCCGAACCUGCAGCCGGCUCUGCGGCCGAUCCUGGUGCUGAUGGUGGAUCCACCACUGCUGGAGCCUUGUUCUGCUGCUACUGCUGGCGGUGGUGGUGGCGCAGCUGCUGCAUCCGCUCGGACAACCUACCCAAAAAGCUAAGUGCUCUUGCCGUUCUGAUUUUCUCGUUUUCGUUUUCUAGUGCCGCCGGAUCAGAAGUGAUGGCCGUAGGCACUGCUGCGUGGGUGGCUGAGAGGUGGAUGGGAGGUUGGAGUAAAUUGGUGAAAGUGAGGACGUGGCGGCUCAAGGCACUUGGCGGUCGGUCGCUUGCAUGGUCUAGUCGGGUGACUUAGAAAGCAUUCAUUCCCAUGCACGCGUCCCUCUCUCUCCUCUUGAACCUCCUCUUUCUCGUCUCAGUCCCCCUCGCAUGGCUGCCAAGUGCAAUGGGUUCGUUGGUGCCUCGCGCUCCAAACUCCUUGAAUCCUUGAAAGCCUACCCGUUGCAGUGGUGCUGUGGGUCUUAGCCGCCUUUCAUUUUCCUCAUCCUUGCUUUCUGGUUUUUGCUUGUGGCUUGCCGAUUGUCGGGGUAAGACCUCUACGAGACAC